AAGUGCAGGAUGCAAACAGCUAUACACAUCGUAUGAGAAAUUAACAGCGAUUUUUAAGAUUGUUUGUCACUUAAAAAGCAGAGUAUUGAACUCGCACUUUAUUUAGGCUCGAUUAAAAGCCGAGUGGUUUAUUUUUAUGCUCUUACUCGUUUCAGACGAGGAACUGCCGGAGGAAAUCCACGAUGGCUGAGAAGGGAAACAGGAAGUUUUCUCCGCGAUACAGGAGACAGAAGGAAGCCGAUGAAGCUGAGAGCUGGCGGAGCCCGUUGGGACGGGACAGUGAGCGCAGUUACAGUCCUAAAACGAAGAAGCGGGCUCACGGUCGAACCUCUGAAAGUGAGGGGAGCAGAAGAGCCAAAGCCUCACUGUCGUGCAGCUCUCCUGAGGGACGAGUGUUCGGACCGAGUCCUUCUCACAAGGACCGAAUCCAGAGGGGUUCACCUGCUGACCGGAGGAACUGGAGAGAACGACAGCGAGAUGGACAGAAACACGACAAGCUCGGCAGCGUGCAGAGCUGGAGGGAGAAGAGCAGGAUUGUCCGGAUUGAAAGCUGUCUCACUAGACGGGACGUUUUACAGCUGUGCUUGGAAGCAGAAGGCAGUGACUGUGACCUUAAAGAGUCAAGCAUCAGCCUGAAGUUCAGAUGUGAUAAGUGUAAGGUGUACUGUGAUGACAUGUCACCAGCGCUCAGUCACAUCCGAGAAAGAGCCCACAGGAAGAAAGCCAAGGAGCUGCAGAAGCUGACGCUGCUGUUGAACAUCCCUCCUCCUGGAAAAGCCCAGUGUCAUUCGCUCAGCUCAGCUCUGGAAAGUGUGGUCGCUGAGUUCGGUUUAAACGAUCCGGAUAUGAAACAACGGCAAAACAUCCUCACUCUCGUUGAGAAAGUCCUUCAGCCUGUCCUUCCAGAUUGCAAGUUCAGGUUAUACGGAUCUUCCUGCACAAAGUUUGGCUUCAAAGACUCUGAUGUAAACAUUGAUUCCAUUUCAAGCAUCAGCCUGAAGUUCAGAUGUGAUAAGUGUAAGGUGUACUGUGAUGACAUGUCACCAGCGCUCAGUCACAUCCGAGAAAGAGCCCACAGGAAGAAAGCCAAGGAGCUGCAGAAGCUGACGCUGCUGUUGAACAUCCCUCCUCCUGGAAAAGCCCAGUGUCAUUCGCUCAGCUCAGCUCUGGAAAGUGUGGUCGCUGAGUUCGGUUUAAACGAUCCGGAUAUGAAACAACGGCAAAACAUCCUCACUCUCGUUGAGAAAGUCCUUCAGCCUGUCCUUCCAGAUUGCAAGUUCAGGUUAUACGGAUCUUCCUGCACAAAGUUUGGCUUCAAAGACUCUGAUGUAAACAUUGAUGUGAAGUUUCCAUCCCAUUUCCAGCAUCCUGAUGUUCUGCUUGUGGCUCAAGAGCAUCUCUCUAAAAGUGCUCUUUUUGUCAGUGUGGAGGGAGACUUCCACAGGAGGAUGCCUGUAGUCGUGUGCAAAGAGAAAUCAAGUGGUCUGAUCUGCAAAGUCAGCGCAGGCAAUGAAAGUGCAUGCUUGACAACAGCAUAUUUGGCUGAGCUGGCGAAUCUAGAACCACAACUCGUCCCGCUGGUCGUAUGCUUUAGAUACUGGGCUAAGACCUGUUGUGUGGACCAGAUGGAAGAAGGUGGACUUCCAUCCUACUGCUUUGCCCUCAUGGUCAUCAGCUUCCUGCAGCGAUGCAAAGAACCCGUCUUACCGUCAUACCUAGAAUCUGUGGGUUUGCACGUGAGUAAACUGAAGAGUUUCUCCUUAACUGGGGUUGAAAAAGGACAUGUGCUUUGGGUAUAUGAUCAAACCUCAAGCGACUCGUCCCAAGAUAAAGCUGUCAAGAAGGGAAAGUGUCCGCUGGUUUUCAAUGGCCGCAGUGCUUGUGUGCUGCUAGGGAAGCUGUGGAUCGAGCUAUUACGAUAUUAUUCACUGGAAUUUCAAAUACCUGAGAAAGUCAUUAGCGUGCGCACAAACGGUGACCUGUGGCGCGAUCUGAAAGACUGGCCCAAAAAGAGGAUUGCAAUAGAAGAUCCAUUCGCCGUCCAGAGGAACGUGGCCCGGAUGUUGAAUAGUCAGAUGAUGUUUGAGUAUUUGGUGCAUUGCCUCAAAACAACUUACAAGUACUUCGCUUCUCCUUCAAAAAGCCCAGCAGGGAAGGUCAGUUCAAGCAGUCAGUCUGGCAAAUCUGUGAGAGCUGCGAAUCAUGUUGAUUCAGUGAAGAGAAGCCCGAGAGUGGCAGCGGAGGGUUUGAACAGGUCUCGUGUGAGGUCCAGUCCGCAGAGCGCAGAAGAGCUGGAAGACUCGGACUGCGUGAUUGAGCUGGAGCGAGACGAGGAGGAAGAAGCCGACUCUGACAUAGAGACUGAGGGUGAAGAUGAGGAAGAUGAAGGGUCUGGAUGUGAUCAUUGGGGCGAUGAGAUCUUCCCGUUCGAGCGGGAGAUGAGUGAUGAUGGGGGGUCUGAGGAAGCAGCGUCUGUCCUAAACAAACCCAAAGCCGAGCUUACCAAAUCCAAAUCUCCUCCGACGGCUCCUGAAGGCUUUCAGUAUGUCUUCAGCAAGCGGUUCUUCAGUAAUGGCAAGUCCCCCGUUCUGAUAUGCAGCCUUUGUAAGAGCGAUGGGCAUUCGAAACAGGACUGUCCCGAGGACUUCAAACGAAUGGAGCUUGAACCCCUUCCACUUAUGACUCUAGACUUCCUCCAGAUCCUCAAUGAAGUCUGUGAGCAAUGCUACUGUGACUUUGCACCAGAUGAUGUGGAGGUGAAAGUCAGAGAACAUAUUUUACAAGAUUUCGAGACUUUCCUGAGAUGCCAAGUGCCAGGAGCCAAGUUAGUUUUGUUUGGCUCGUCCAAGAAUGGGUUUGGCUUUAAACAGAGCGACUUGGACAUCUGUAUGACUCUAGAAGACCAGGACACAGCAGAGGGUUUGGACUCCAUGGCUGUUAUCGAGAGUUUGGCUAAAGCGCUGCGGAAACACCACAGCCUGAGAAACAUCCUACCUAUUACUACCGCAAAAGUCCCAAUUGUGAAGUUUUACCACACCAAAACUGGACUAGAGGGAGAUAUAAGCUUGUACAAUACACUGGCUUUGCACAACACGCAGUUACUGGCAUCAUACGCUGCGAUUGACGCUCGGGUGAAGAUCCUCUGCUACGUCAUGAAAGUGUUCGCUAAAGUCUGUGAUAUUGGUGACGCGUCCCGUGGGAGUCUGUCUUCAUAUGCCUACACCCUAAUGGUGCUGUACUUCCUUCAACAAAGAAGCCCGCCUGUUAUCCCAGUUCUCCAAGAGAUGUAUGUUGGGGAGAAGAAGCCUGUAGUUCUUGUCGAUGGCUGGGAUGUUCAUUUCUUUAGUGAUCUGAAGAACUUGCAUAAAUACUGGCCGGGGUACAAGAAGAAUAAGGAGUCGGUGGGGCAGCUGUGGUUUGGGCUGCUGCAGUUUUACACCGAGACGUUUGACUUCAAGGAGACUGUCGUCUGCAUCCGCAGAAAAGAGCCUCUCACCACCUUCAAGAAGCAGUGGACCUCCAAACACCUCGCCAUCGAGGAUCCCUUUGAUUUGAGUCAUAAUCUUGGAGCUGGUCUCUCACGGAGAAUGGCGAGCUUCAUCCUGAAGGCCUUCAUCAACGCCCGCAGAGUUUUCGGCGCCCCCGUCAGAGACUUCCCACCAGAGUAUCCCAACAAAAUGGAGUAUUUUUUUGACCCAGAGGUGCUGACAGAGGGCAAGCUUGCACCCAAUGACCGCUGCUGCCGGAUUUGUGGGAAGAUUGGGCAUUUUAUGAAAGACUGUCCAAUGCGAAAGAGACAAAGACGUGACACUGAUGGACGUGGUGUGAACAGACCCGAUGGCAGAGUGAUGACGGAUGGCGAACGGUGGCGGCAGAGGGAGGAGAAGUGCUGUUAUCUGUGUGGCUCCAACGCUCACAUCAAGAAAGACUGCCUGCUGGCCAAAUCGUUAGAAUCCUCCCCAAACACACACCAAAGAAGCCCUGCGUCAGACAGACUAGACAGUCCUCAGCAGGACAGGAAAAAGAAGCGAAAAGCAAAGAGGAUGAUUUUGGGUCCUGAAGCAGGUAGUCUUGCCAGCAGACAUGCGUCAUUAAAUGCGUCUAUGGAGAAGUGGAGCCCUUUCAAGUAAAUCAUCUAAAGAGAGGCGUUUCUGGAUCUACAGCAGCCCGAGCUCAGUAUUAUCAUAAACCCAUUAGAACACCUUGAUUAAUGUGCCUUGUAUCGGUGUCUAAUUUUUAGUUUAGUUUUUUU